ACGAGAGUUUUGUGUGGUUCGCUGUAGUGCUCAACGAUCUUCAUAUUGGUUUGCUGGAGACAGGAGUGAUUCACUUUGAUUGUUACUAGCUCCAGCGAUCCCAUCCAGAAAAAUCGCUGGAUAAACCAGCGAAUUAUACCUAACACACAUGGUGAGAACUUUGUGAUCGAUUCUUCGAUCAUACUGAUUACUUUUGAUUUUGCUGCCUUUGUCGCCAUAGUUUGUUGGAUACCGCAGCGAACCACACCAAACUUUUGUAUUUUGCGAAUUUUUAAUGUAGGUAUAUUGUGAUUAUUUUGCAUUAUCUCUUCUUUGUCGUCUUCCACAUCAGUCAGCAAGACGAAGUAGAGGGAAGCUUCCACCGCCAUGCGAGAGAACAAUUGAAAUGAAAAUGGUCCAUACAACGGCGAAUGAGGUCAUUUUUGGAUGACUACGUGACUCCCAAGAAUUUCUUCAGCCGCCUUUAAGAUCCAAGACCCAACUGUUCCUCCAUUGGCCAAAUGGAGGACAUUAUACCCUUCAGCAUCAGCAGCAAUAUAAUAUAAACAAACCCUCGAGGCUUUCAACAAGAACAUUAACAAAUAUCUGAAUCUCAUUCAUACAAGGAGAGAAACAGAGAGAUGGGAAGUACAGUGGAAGACGUGGUGAUAGUCGGCGCCGGGAUAGCCGGCAUAGCGACGGCGGUGGCUCUGAACAGAGUUGGGAUCCGAGCUCUGGUUCUGGAGAAAUCCGACGAGCUCAGAACCACCGGAGCUGCGCUCACUCUGUUUCCCAACGCCUGGCUCGCAAUGGAUGCGCUCGGCAUCUCCCACAAGCUCACUCCCCUUUACGCUCCUAUCACCUCCGGCUCCGUCACCAACGUCGCCACCGGAGCUGUUCAAGAAAUCAACUUCGUCGGACAAUCUGGGGGAAAUGGACACGGACCCAGACCAAUCCACCGUAAAGCAUUGCUAGAAGCUCUGGCCGGAGAGCUCCCGCCCAACUCGAUUCGUUUCUCCUCCCACCUCGCUUCCAUUGAAACAGGGGCUGAUUCUCUGGCUGUUGUACACUUGAAAGAUGGAACCACAAUCAAGUCUAAGGUUCUGAUAGGAUGCGAUGGGUUGCACUCGGUGGUGGCACAAUGGCUGGAUCUAUCCGCUCCGGUCCACUCCGGUCGAUCCGCAGUCCGGGGACUGUCGUUUUACCCUCAAGGCCACGGAUUUGAGAGCAGAGUCCAGCAAUUUGUUGACUCAGGGAAAAGGGCUGGCUUGGUCCCCUUAAACGAUAAAGAAGUCUACUGGUUCCUAUCUUGCCAAGGAGCCGAGUUCACAUACGAUCCAAAGGCGAUCCAAGCAGAUGUGCUCUCCAAAUAUGCAGCAGACUUUCCUGCGGUCUUCCUCGAUGCCAUCCGACAAGCAGACCUAUCGUCGAUGUCAUGGGCACCGCUGAAGCUGAGGUACCCAUGGAACAUCCUGACAGGAAGCCUGAGCAGAGGGAACAUCACGGUGGCCGGAGACGCAAUGCAUCCGAUGACGCCUGACCUCGCGCAGGGUGGUGGCGCUGCGCUGGAGGACGCGGUAGUGUUGGGAAGGCACAUUGGGAACUCCUUCCUGGCUAAUGGGAAAGUGUUGGCGGCCGAAGGGAUGCCUCGGGCUCUAGAUGGGUAUGCUAAGGAGCGGAAAUGGCGAGCCGCCGGGCUAGUGGCGGGUGCGUAUGCAGCGGGGUGGGUGCAGCAGGGUGGGACGCAGGUAUGGAGGGGACUGGUGAGAUAUUUGUUCUAUAGGUACAUUUUUGGAAGGAUUUUAAGGCUUGUGCAAUAUGAUUGUGGCAAGCUUCCUCAGGUUGGGAAUGUGAAAUUGGAUUGAGGAGUCUGAGUUGAUGAGAUUGGGGUUGGAUUAUGUAUGGUUGGGUUAUUUAUUAGAGCUCAUGGAAAUAAUUUUGGUCUGUAAUAAUGGUGAGAUUCAGCAGUAAAGAAAAACAUGCAAUAUCA